CUCUUCUUUCUUUCUUCUGUCUCAGACUUUCAGCUGAAGGGGAAAAAUGGAACCCAAAAAAAUGGCUGAAAUCGAACUAAUCAUCUUCUCCCCCAUUACUCUCCAUCUAACAGUUCUCACUCUACUCUCUUCGAUCACACUCUCUGCAUCUCUUCGUGUAUUACCAAUCUCUACACCAUCCACCAAAAACAACAACAUCUUUGAUACAUCUCUAUAUGGAAAACUUCAACUCAACAAUGGAUUAGCUCAAACACCUCAGAUGGGGUGGAAUAGUUGGAAUUUCUUUGCUUGUAAUAUAAACGAAACGCUUAUAAAGGAAACAGCUGAUGCACUUGUUGAUACUGGAUUAGCUAAAUUGGGUUAUACUUAUGUUAAUAUAGAUGAUUGCUGGUCUGACCUCUCAAGGAGUUCAAAGGGUGAAUUAGUCCCUGAUCCGAAGAAUUUUCCGUCUGGGAUCAAAGCUCUUGCGGACUACAUACAUGGGAAGGGCCUUAAGCUGGGUAUCUAUUCUGAUGCUGGGGUUUUUACAUGCGAAGUUAGACCUGGAUCACUAUACCAUGAAAAUGAUGACGCGUCACUUUUUGCAUCGUGGGGUGUCGACUAUUUGAAGUAUGACAACUGUUUCAAUCUUGGGAUCGAACCACAGGAACGUUACCCCCCAAUGCGUGAAGCCUUAAAUGACACAGGUCGCAGAAUUUUCUACUCACUUUGUGAAUGGGGAGUGAAUGACCCCGCACUCUGGGCUGGCAAAGUUGGAAAUAGUUGGAGAACAACAGAGGACAUUAAAGAUUCAUGGGAAAGUAUGACCACUAUUGCUGAUCUGAAUGACAAGUGGGCUGCUUAUGCUGGACCUGGUGGAUGGAAUGAUCCGGAUAUGUUGGAAGUUGGUAAUGGAGGCAUGACUUACCAGGAAUAUCGUGCACAUUUUAGUAUAUGGGCUUUGAUGAAGGCUCCUCUUCUGGUAGGUUGUGAUGUAAGAAACAUGACUGCAGAAACAUUUGAGCUUCUAAGUAAUGCGGAGGUUAUUGCAGUAAAUCAAGACCAUCUCGGUGUUCAGGGUAGGAAAGUGUCCGUUGAAGGACCAGGGAAAUGCAAUCAGGUCUGGGCAGGUCCUUUAUCUGGAAAAAGAUUGGCAGUUGCGCUUUGGAACCGAUGCUCAGAAACUGUUACCAUCACGGCCAAAUGGGAAGCACUAGGCCUUGACUCGAGAUCCAGUGUUUCCAUAAGAGAUUUGUGGAAGCAUGAAGAUAUACCAGGGAACGCAGUGUCGAAAUUCAGCGUUGAAGUCGAGUCCCAUGACUGUAAGAUGUACAUCUUCACUCCCUUCACAGUCACUCAUUCUCUCAUUUAGUAUUAUUACCCAUCAUUUUUCUGGGUACGUCAGUGUGUAAGAGUGUAAUAAUGCAAGUGUAGAUGUAGAUAUCUGUAUAUGUGGUGGUUCUUCUAUAAACAACACGUAUUGUAAUGUAUGAUAAUGUCUGUCAGUCAAAAUUAAAAACGAAAAAGUCCAGUAUCACACGAGUGAUAAGUUGCAGUAAAUGAAGAUUCAAAUUCCAGUGUAUGGAUUCUC